CUUCACAAUCUACUCGCGAUUUAGGCUCGCACUGCCUCCACGAUGAAAGGCUUCCUAGCAAUAAUUUCCGCCUUUCUGGGAAGAGGUGCAGAAUCAACACCUAUUAUUCAAGGAUUGGAAAGAGAUGCCGUUACAGUUGACGCCAGAGCUGAGGCGUCAAAUAAUAUAGGUUUGGAAAAUGGUGCAGUCAGCGUUAAUGUCUCAAACUUGGGUAUCACCGUUUUAGCUAUUCUGUUGGUUCUUCAACAGCCUGAUCCAAAUGGCAACCUUCGAUUGGUAAUCCGUUGCAUUAUGCCUGUCAUUCUGCUUGCCCUUCCACCACUCAUGUAUUUCUUCUAUGCGGCAGCAGCAAGCUCGGCCCCUGCUCGCCCGCAAGCCCCCAGAACGGGGGCCACAGCAGCAACCAUCGCUUCUCCAGCGCGUCCUGGCGCUGGCGGGGCUCAUGCCAAUGUCGCUGGAGGAGGACGCCAAACGGGACCCAGGGAGCGGGGCCGCACCGGCAUGCCCCCGGAACGUGGGCCGGUUUCUCGGCGAUCCUGUGAACGCACUCAUGCGGCAGCAGCAAGCCCGGCCCCUGAACGGGACCCAGGGAGCGGGGCCGCUUCGGAACGAACCUGCGACAGCGGAGCCGCGCCCGCAAGCCCCUGGUCUGAGAUCUGCGAAAAACUUGAGACUGAUGUUUUUCUCACGGGCUUAGUGCUCCGCUUGCUUGCGAAGGCACUCUGGGAAAAAUGGAAGCCGCAAGCCGCAAGACGAGACCCAGAAGCCGCAAGACGAGACCCAGAAGCCGCAAGACGAGACCCAGACCCCGAACUGAACGUAUUGCAAGCCAGGGCGCUCGAGCAACUGAUAGACAUGUUCCCACAAUACGAUCGCCGUGACUUGCUCGGGGAGCUGAGGUACAGAGGGUCCAUCGAAGCCGUAACCGAAUCGAUCCUGAUGGGGAUCUUUUGGGCGGUUCCGCGAAGCUAGAAACUCGUAGCCUGCAGUUCUCCCAAUGAGAGUUUAGAUUGCAGUCGAUCAAUGAACACAUGGUGUAAUCGAUGCCUUCACUAUUUCUACCCGUAGCGAUUUUCACCGGUUGGCUACAUUAAAUGCAGAAUAGUUGA